UCGAGGGCCAGUAGACACUUGUCGCCUCCACCAGCCAGUCCCAGAGAAACGACACUCUUCGAUUCGGAGUCUCUCGCUCUCUAAUUUCCACGCCGAUUUUUUUUUUUAAUUUUAAUUUUCUUUUUUAAAGAAAGAAAAUUUAAAAUUAUUAUAGAAAACAAACUGGAAGGAGUGGGAUUUCAUUUUGAUCUACUUAAAUUGGGAAAAAGAUACAAGCCUAUUUGGUUUAGCUGUUGCUGUUGCCGCUACUAUUAAUGGGAUCUCAUUUGAACUUCAAGAACUUUGGUAAUGCCCCAGCCGGGGAGGGCAGCGGUGCAAAGCCACCAGGGAGUUCCCUUUUAGUCCGCCAGCCUUCAGUAUACUCAUUGACCUUUGAUGAGUUCCAGAACACAUGGGGUGGAGGACUUGGGAAGGAUUUUGGAUCAAUGAACAUGGAGGAGCUAUUGAAAAACAUAUGGACAGCUGAAGAGACUCAGGCAAUGACCAGUUCUGUUGGUGUUGUAGAAGGAAGUGUCUCUGGUGGGAAUUUGCAGAGACAAGGGUCUUUAACUUUGCCUAGGACACUAAGUCAGAAGACUGUUGAUGAGGUUUGGAAAGACUUGAUGAAAGAAAUCAAUAGUGGCGCUAAAGAUGGGAGCAACAUGGGAUCAAAUAUGCCUCAGAGACAACAGACUUUGGGAGAGAUGACUUUGGAGGAGUUCUUGGCCAGGGCAGGGGUUACGAGAGAGGAUACUCAGCUAAUUGGAAGGCCAAAUAAUAGCGGAUUCUUCGAUGAAUUAUCCCGUCUAAAUGAUAACAGCAAUAAUAUCAGUAACAACAGUACUGGUUUAACUCUUGGGUUUCAGCAGCCAAAUCGAAACAAUGGACUUGUGGGAACCAGAAUAGUGGAAAACAAUAAUAACAUAGUUGCUAGUCAGGCUGCAAAUUUAGCCCUGAAUGUAGGUGGAAUCAGAUCCUCUCAGCCACUACCUCAGCAGCAGCUGCAUCAGAACCAGCCCCCGCAGCAGCAACCACUCUUCCCCAAGCCCACAAAUGUGGCUUUUGCAUCCCCUAUGCAUUUAGUAAACAGUGCUCAGCUUGCCAACCCAGUAGUGAGGAAUUCAGUUGUUGGGAUUGCGGAUCCGUCUAUAAACAAUAAUUUAGUUCAUGGUGGAGGAAUGGGAAUGGUUGGUUUAGGAGCUGGGGCUGUUACAGUUGCAACCGGAUCUCCUGCAAGUCAGAUAUCACCAGAUAUGAUCACAAAAGGUAAUGCAGAUACUCCUUCAAUGUCACCAGUUCCUAACAUGUUUGGCCGGGGAAGAAAAGCCAGUGCUGCUUUGGAGAAGGUAAUUGAGAGAAGACACCGGAGAAUGAUUAAAAAUAGAGAGUCAGCUGCAAGGUCACGCGCUCGUAAGCAGGCCUAUACAUUGGAGCUAGAAGCAGAAGUUGCAAAACUUAAAGAACUGAACCAAGAGUUGCGGAGCAAACAGGAAGAAAUUAUGGAAAUGCAGAAAAAUCAGUUCCUGGAGACAAUAAAUCGGCAAUGGGGAUCUAAAAGGAAAUGCUUGCGGAGGACACUAACAGGCCCUUGGUAGAGCUCAUAUAUUUGAUUGUGGAUAGUGGCAGGGCUUGAACAUGCAAGGUCUACGGAUUGGAGGGUGCAGCUUUGGCCUGCAUCUUAUACUUUGAAGGUUAGGUAGCUGUACGUAUAGGAACAGAGGGUUGAGUUGUAAAUUAUGACUUGAAAUUAGUUUUACACUAUAGAUUAAACUUUAUUAUAGUGUCAUCUUUAUUUGCUUGUCAUUUGUUCGUAGAGGACAUGUAGGAUAGUGAAGCUAGUGUGCUACAGGGUUAGCUUAAUGAAUUGGGUUAGUUUCUAAACACUAAGAGAACUAGUCUUAUAUCUAUCAUAAAAAAAAAAAAGAAAGAGCUAGUCUUAUUAAUGACAUCUGUAUAACUUUUGGCAUUGGUUAUUUGGCUCUGUAUAUUAUUUUGUGUUGGUGUUCGUACCUUUUUCA